AGGGAUUUUAUACUGUGUUUAAUAUUAAUCAAUGUCCCAUUGUAAUGUGCCACUCCACUUUAAUAUCCCAGACCUUAAAACACUGGAAGACAUACAAUUCUUUGGAGUUAUCUGAAGUGGUGUUAACCUAAAUAAAAUUAAAAACUGAUUAGAUGGAUCGUUUCAUGUUGGCAUGCAUGCAUGCACAGGAUUUGCCGGAAACAGCCAUUUAUUGAUGGACUUGCAUCCUGUCUGUAUCGACAUGAAGCCUGCGAUCGAAAAGUCUUUUCUUGGAGAUCCAAGGUCUGGAUCGAAUAAGGAGGGAGUUGAAACUUUGGUGCUGAGCAAACUGGAGGAAUCAGGUGUGCUUUUUUGUCAACGGCUGAAAUAUAGAGUAAAAAGUAUUCAGGUGCCGGAUGAAAGUCCUUUGGAUAUUAAAACAGAAGCUGAACCUUUCAUCUCCCAGCCCUUAAACUGCAGUAAGACUUCUGUUAAAAAAGUCAGCAGUGAGCCUCCUAUUAAAAAACACAUCUGUAAGCUGUGUGGCAUGGAGUAUCGCCAGAACAUAAGCCUGGUGCGUCACAUGCGGAUACACACAGGUGAGGCACCACAUGUCUGUGAACUCUGUGGAAGGGGUUUCCGUCGUAAAGACUGGCUUCAGCUGCACAGCAGCGUCCACACGGGCAAGAAACGAAAGCCUGCAAAGAGCUUCAGUUGCGACGAGUGUGGGAAGAAGUUUACUGGCUUCACUGCACUCCAGAGUCAUCUGUACAAACACAGGGGAGAGAGGCCCUUCGUCUGUGUGCACUGCCAUAAGACCUUCUACAGUCAGACCAAUCUUAAACGGCAUCAGGUCGAUUCUCAUUCUGACAACAAACCGUUCUGCUGCCCUGUGUGUGGAAGCAGAUUCUCACGCCUGUUCUCGCUCCAGAAACACACACGGACUCACACAAGAGAGAGGCCUUUCUCCUGUCCAGACUGUGGAAAGACUUUCAGUCAUAAAUACUCCAUGAAUAUGCAUCGGAAACGCCACUCAGUUAAAAGUUGAUGGAUUUUUCUUCUGAAUCUUCUACCUGUUUAGUGCAAAAUAAAACCUUUUUAAAACCUUU